AUGCAUGUCGUAUGUCGUAUAGAUAACACUAGCGUCAAUAACAUCAGCUACGCAGACGAUAUGGUGUUGCUGAGCCCGUCUGUGAGGGCCCUGAGGAAGUUGUUGGGCGCGUGUGAGUCGUACGCCGCGGAGCAUGGCCUGCGGUACAACGCGACCAAGAGCGAGCUCAUGGUGUUCAAGGCCGGCUCUAAAUGUCCCGCGGAGGUGCCGCCGGUGGUGCUCGGCGGCGCGCCGCUCAAGAGGGUGAAGUCGUUCAAAUACUUAGGCCAUAUUGUCACCGAGGAUUUGAGCGACGACGCCGAUAUGGAAAGGGAGCGAAGGGCGCUGGCAAUCAGAGCAAAUAUGAUAGCCCACAGCCUGUGGUCUAAAUAUACUCGAAAGUCGUUUAGCGCCCUUCGCGUCCAAUACAAUAACUCGUUGAGGGUGUUGUUGCGGCUGGGGCGCCGCUGCAGCGCGUCGGGCAUGUUCGCGGCGGCGCGCACAGACUGCUUCUACACGGUGCUGCGCAAGCGCUGCGCCUCCACACUCGCCAGGUUGCGCUCCAGUUGCAACAACAUUCUCGCCGUUAUAGCAGAUAGCACCCUCGAGACUAAACAUGAGAAAACUAAAAAGGAAGAUACAAAGUACAUCCACGAACACAAGGAGCUCCCGAAAAACGUCCAAGCGACCCAUAUGAGUGCACUUUACGUCUUUCUCGCCGUAACGUUACGAUUUUACGAGCGGUUUUAUUACUAG